AUGAAAAGAUAUGGUGAAGAGUUGAAGGAUGAUAGGGUCGUUGUAAAAGUACUACGAUCCCUAGAUUCAAAAGUUGAUUAUAUUGUUGUUGCUAUUGAAGAGUCCAAAGACUUGGACACCAUGACCAUAGAUGAACUUUCGAGUUCUUUGCAAGCCCAUGAAGAAAAAUUGAAGAAACCGAAAGAAGAAUCGGUUGAAAAGGCGUUGCAACCAAAACUUUCCUUCAAGGAGAAAGAUGAAAGGCGUGGUUCGCAGCAAAGAGGUCGUGGUAGAGGAGGAAGAGUUCCGAGAUUACCACAGCAAAAUGGCGUCGUGGAGAGAAAGAAUCGAAUUGUUCUCAACAUGGCGAGGAGUAUGUUGAAGAGCAAAAAUAUGCCAAAAGAGUUCUGGGCUGAAGCUGUUGCUUGUGCGGUGUACUUAUCAAAUCGGUGUCACACCAAAAGUGUUCGUGGAAAAACACCACAAGAGGCAUGGAGCGGUUUCAAGCCAAAAGUUGCUCAUUUGCGAGUUUUUGGGAGCAUCGCAGAUGCACAUGUGUCAGAUGAGAAGAGGUCUAAGCUUGAUGACAAAAGUGAGAGGUAUGUCUUCAUUGGCUAUGAUCAAAGUUCUAAAGGUUAUAAAUUGUAUAACCCCAAAAAUGGCAAGGUCACCAUAAGUAGAGAUGUUGAGUUUGAUGAAGAUAAUGCUUGGGAGUGGAAAUCUAAAGAGCAAGAAUACUCUUUUAGUCCAUGCUUUGAAGAUGAUGAAGAAGAAGAUAGGGAGCAGGCUAUCACACCACCUUCAACACCUCCGCCACAAGAUCAAGAAGUUGGGGAAUCAAGCUCAAGUUCAAGUGAAGCACCUCACAAGAGUAGAAGUCUCUGUGACUUGUAUGAAAAAACGGAAGUGGUAAGAAAUGACUUGUAUGAUUUUACUCAUUUUUGUUUGCUGGUGGACAGUGAGCCUCUAAGCUUUGAAGAUGCUUGCCAAAAUUCCAAAUGA